UAAACUUAUUACGAUUGGUGAGUAAUAAAUACAGAACACUUGUGUAUAAAUACGACGAAAAACGUAAUUCUCAUAAUAGUUAAACUUAAAAAUCCACUGAAGUUACAUCUUUAUUUUUUAUUGAGUACAUUGCACAGGAAACCAAAUUUUAUUCUAAAAUGUCUAUGGUACCAUUGUUUUUCCGAGAUUGGUGGGAAGAUUUUGAACGUGAACGAUUACCAAGACGAUUAUUGGACCAACACUUUGGUCUGGGGUUGCAUAGAGAUGAUUUGUCUAAUUUAACUUCUACUCUUACUUCGCCUUCUCUAAGAUCAGCUACAUACUAUAGACCAUGGCAAGGUGUACUUAACAGGCAAAAUAGUGGUACGUCCAACCUUAAGUUUGAUGACAAACAAGUUCAAGUUAUAUUGGAUGUCCAACAAUUUGCACCCGGCGAGAUUACAGUUAAAACAUCAGAAGGAGCAGUGAUUGUUGAAGGAAAACACGAAGAAAAACAAGACGAGCAUGGUUUUAUAUCCAGGCAAUUUAAAAGAAGAUAUUUAUUACCUAAAGAUGUGGAUAUUGAACAAAUUGUUUCAAGCUUGUCUUCGGAUGGAAUACUUACAGUUAGCGUUCCUAAAAAGGAAAAGCAAGUAACAGGUGAACGUAGUGUACCAAUUAUUCAAACAGGAACACCAGCAGUGAGAGCAGCAGAACCUGUGAAAAACGAUGAAACUCCUAUAGUUACUGAGAUUAAAGUUGAACAUCAAUAAAUUUAUUUAUAUUUUACUUACAUACCUAUUAUACUAAUAAUGUACUAUGAAUAAUGUUUUAUUAAAAAAAAAUCUUUUAUAAAUGGAUUAAAUGUGAUUAUUUAUUUUGUUUA